AUGGAGCGGAUUCUCCUGCGCUGUGUUCCCUCUUCACUGAAGGCAGGGUACCCGCGGGACUGGCUGCUGCAGAGCCUGUCCCGCUGGAGCUCCUCCUCGUCUCGGUUCAACACGCCACUCAGCGCUGCCGAGGUAGCCCGGCCAGCCGGAAUUUGCUCCAUGAUGCGCCUCCCGGUGCAGGAUUCCUCGAAGGGCUUGGACGCUGCUUUUGUUGGAGUACCUCUGGACAUUGGCACCUCGAACCGGCCUGGUACUAGAUUUGGACCCCGACAUAUCCGAGCAGAGUCAGCCAUGGUUAGAGCCUACAAUGGCAGCACCAGGGCAGCCCCUUUUGAAUCUCUGAUGGUGGCUGACAUUGGUGAUGUCAACGUGAAUCUUUUUGACCUGAAGGGGAGUUGCAAGAUGAUCAGGAACUCUUUUAAGAAGAUUGUGUCCACAGGCUGUAUACCACUGACAAUGGGUGGUGAUCACACAAUAACAUACCCCAUAUUGCAGACAAUGGCAGACAAAUAUGGCCCAAUAGGCCUGGUUCACAUUGAUGCACAUACUGACACAGGUGAUAUUGUCCUCGGGGAGAAGAUUUGUCAUGGAACGCCAUUCAGGCGCUGUGUGGAAGAAGGGCUACUCGACUGUAAACGCGUGGUACAGAUCGGCCUCCGUGGUUCAACUUAUGAACCAGAUGGUUUCCUUUGGGGCAGAGAACAGGGUUUUCGAGUGGUUAGUGGACAGGAUUGUUGGCUACGUUCCCUUGCUCCACUUAUGAAGGAGGUGAGGCAGCAAAUGGGGGAUGGCCCUGUGUACAUUAGCUUUGAUAUCGAUGGCCUGGAUCCAGCCUUUGCUCCUGGUACUGGAACCCCAGAGAUCGCUGGUCUUCAACCCAGUCAGGCUUUGGAAAUCAUACGAGGUUGUCAGGGAAUGAAAAUAAUCGGCUGCGACUUGGUUGAGGUUUCACCACCAUACGAUACUUCUGGUAACACGGCUCUGACAGCUGCCAACCUGCUCUUCGAGAUGCUCUGUGUUCUGCCCAAUGUUAAGUAUUAUUGA